ACAAUAAACUGACUGGAAAACUAUUUGAAUUUGAUUCCUUCAAGUCACGGCUGCGAAGUUUUGACUGUAGCAAGAAUGCACUACAUGGAACAAUCCCAAAAACUUUUUCUCAGCUUGAAAACCUUACCUCUCUAGACUUGUCCUCAAACAAUUUCAGCGGUGUCUUAAAUAUUGAUGUUUUUUCAUCCCUCAAGUACCUCGACAAUCUUGAUCUUUCUCAUAAUAGUCUACUAGUGAAAAUCACAAGCACAUCCACUCUCACUCCAAAUCUUCAAAAGUUGGGUUUGUCAUCUUGCAAGAUCUUGAAGUUCCCCUAUUUUAUAAGAUCCUUAGAAAACCUCAGAUACCUAGAUCUGUCAAACAGCCAAAUUGACGGGAAAAUGCCACCUUGGAUUGGGUCCAUGUGGAAAGAUUCUUUGUAUUAUCUGAAUCUUCCGCGCAACAGCUUAACAGGUGGUCUUGAACAUGUUCCCAUUAACAACAUAAGGUAUCUGGAUGUCCAGUCUAACAUGCUCCAGGGAUCAUUACCUACCUCAAUCUGCAAUUCGAUCUCUCUACAAAUUCUCAGCUUGUCUCAUAACAAUUUGAGUGGAGUGAUUCCCACAUGUCCAAGAAGUUUAAACUACAGCCUUUCUGUGUUGGAUCUACGAAUGAACAGUAUCAAGGGAAGGAUUCCAUCAACUUAUUCAAUUUUCGUGAGCUCAGAAGCUUAAAUUUGCAUGGCAAUAAAUUGGAAGGAACUAUUCCCCUUUCUUUUUCUGGAUUUGAUCACUUGGAAGUUCUUGAUCUUGGAAGUAAUCAGAUAAACGACAUGUUUCCACAGUGUCUAGAAGCUCUUCCAAAUCUCCAAGUUCUAGUUUUCAAAUCAAAUAAAUUUCAUGGUUCCAUAAAAAGCAAUUCUACGACAGACCACCCAUUCCCUAGCUUGAGAAUCAUUGACCUAUCUUACAAUGAAUUUUCAGGUCUUCUGCCAAAAAAAUAUAUCAAAGACUUCAAUGGUAUGAUGAAUGCUAAUGCCAACAAUGGGGAGUUGAGGUAUAUUGGAGAUUCUUUUUACAGAGAUUCCAUAUCUGUAGUAAUCAAAGGGGUGGAGUUUGAUGUUGUAAGGAUUCUAACAAAAUUCACAGCCAUUGAUUGGUCGCGAAACAAAUUUGAAGGGGAGAUUCCAAUAAGCAUUGGCAACUUGGUGUCACUGAGAUUUCUGAAUUUAUCACACAAUCACCUCACAGGCAACACACCUUCCUUGAUUGGAAAUUUAUCAAUGCUAGAGGCAUUAGACCUCUCAUCCAACCAACUUGAAGGGCAAAUCCCUCAACAACUUACAAGUAUGAAUUAUCUUGCGAGUUUAAACCUUUCUCAUAAUAGACUUACCGGACGUAUUCCAGAUGGUGCUCAGUUCAAUACAUUUGAAAAUGAUAGCUAUGCUGGGAAUUUGGGGCUACGUGGACGUCCAUUGUCCAAGAAGUGCGAGAGAGAGUAUAUUGAGACGCAAGAUGAUGGCGAUGAGGAUGGUGAUGAUUACUUUUUUAGUGGUUUUACUUGGAAAGCUGUGGUCAUCGGAUAUGGAGGAGGAGUGGUGGUGGGAUUUGUGGUAGGAUACAUCAUGUUCAUGGCAGGAGAACCAAAAUGGUUUGCGGGAAUUGUUGCCAGAAUAUUGGGCCGCAAGGUCAAAAGGAUGGAGAUCAGUAACUUCUUUUAGAGAUUUUGCUCUAAGUCUAUUUCGUUUUCUCAUUACAAAUUUGCAAUCCUUUAAUGUUGGCUUCUCUAGGUUGUGAUUUUACAGUUACUGGAUUUAUGUGAUUUGUACUUGCUCAACUUAUCAUCCGCAUAUUUCAAAUAUCAUCACACUUUCAAAAGAAAACAUAGUAUUCAUGUACAGUAUGUGCUAGCAAUGAACGUAAUGUUGAUUUCAUUUAAGCGAAAUUUGGUAUGGUGUUU